AUGCGAGCCAGACUCUAUAACCCACACCCCGCAGCCUUUGGAUCCCUCCGCCUCUUCGUCUUCCUCUUCCUCUCCUCUUCGUCUCCCUCGAUCCCUCCGCCUCUUCCUCUUCCUCUUCCUCUACUCGUCAUCUCCCUCUUCGUCUCCGGUGGCGAUGUCUCCCCGCAAGCGGCGUGCUUUGGUCGCCCUGCAACUCCGGGAGGACGGCCGUUGGAUCCCGGGGAAGAAGCCAGGCGCGGCAUACUGGAGCGCGGGGAAGAAGGCGGCCGCGGGGACGAAGGCCCGCGCGGGGAAGGUGCCCGCGGCUACGAAGGCGGCCGCGGGGACGGCGUGCGCGGGGACGAAGACCCGUGCGGGGAAAGCGGCCGCGGCUAUGGCAGUCGCGGCGGGGAUGGCGGCCGCGGGGCCCCUCUUGCCCUAACCCCCAAGGUGGAGGUGACCGAAGAGGAGCCGGCGCCGAGACCCCUCCUGCCCUACCCGCCGGGCUUCGGGCCCAAAGUGGAGGACGUCGGCGCUUCCCACUCCACCCCGCCGCCGCCACCGCCGGCUGCGGGGAAGGGCGCUUCCAACGCGUCUCAGGUACCUUUUGAUCAGAUGACCAUCAUGCAGUUGCACAACACCUUAGCAGACUCACAUGAGAGGGUGGUGGCACUUCAAGAUGAGCUUGCUGGGGAGAGAGGAAGGAAGAAGGCCAUUGAGCGUGCACUGAAAGCAGCGAUCAAGGCUCAGAGAGGUGGCAGAAACAUCUAA